AUGCCACUACAGAAGAUGAUUCGCCGAAAGAAGAACGUGAAGAAGGGAAUCCAGUUCUGCCUGAUGGUCUGCGGUGCCUCAGGAACAGGUAGAACGACCUUCGUCAACACCCUUUGCGGCAAGAGCGUGCUAGCCCACAAGGAUUCGGACGAUGCCAGUGCUGCCCACGUCGAGGAUGGCGUCAAGAUCAAGCCUAUCACAGUCGAGCUUGAGUUGGACGAGGAGGGUACUCGUAUCUCCCUAACCAUCGUCGACACACCCGGUUUCGGUGACCAAAUUGACAAUGAAGCGAGCUUCUCAGAGAUUGUUGGCUAUCUCGAGAGACAAUAUGAUGAUAUCUUGGCCGAGGAGUCGCGUAUCAAGCGUAACCCCAGAUUCAGGGACAACCGUGUCCAUGCUAUGCUCUACUUCAUUACCCCAACUGGUCACGGUCUUCGUGAACUUGACAUCGAGCUGAUGAAGCGCCUGGCUCCCCGUGUCAAUGUCAUUCCCGUCAUCGGUAGAGCCGAUUCUCUCACGCCCCACGAGCUGGCUGAAUCCAAGAAGUUGGUCAUGGAGGAUAUCGAGCACUACCGCAUUCCCGUGUACAACUUCCCCUACGACAUUGAGGAGGAUGAUGAGGACACAGUCGAGGAGAACGCCGAGCUGAGAGGUCUCAUGCCAUUCGCCAUUGUCGGUUCUGAAGAUAUCAUCGAGAUUGGUGGUCGUACGGUCCGCGCCAGACAGUACCCCUGGGGUGUCGUGGAGGUUGACAACCCUCGUCACUCGGAUUUCCUUGCUAUCCGCUCGGCUCUCCUCCACAGUCAUCUUGCAGAUCUCAAGGAGAUUACCCACGACUUCUUGUACGAGAACUACCGUACCGAGAAGCUCAGCAAGAGCGUCGAGGGUGGCGCUGGAGUUGACUCCUCCAUGAACCCCGAAGACCUCGCAUCACAGUCCGUCCGACUCAAGGAGGAGCAACUUCGCCGCGAGGAGGAGAAGCUGCGCGAGAUCGAGAUCAAGGUCCAGCGCGAGAUCAACGAGAAGCGCCAAGAGCUGCUUGCUCGCGAAUCCCAGCUCCGCGAGAUAGAGGCCCGGAUGCAGCGCGAGGCCUCUGCUCUUUCCCAGGCAUCGCCGAUUCCCGAAGCCAAUGGCGACCACGAGGCUUAA